AAAAUAAUUGCUACUCGUUGAUGCUUUGCGACAUACGAGGUUUCAACAACUUCUUGUUAGAAAUGGAUUUGGUGACAUUCGCCUUCUCGCGCUGAUUCCUUUUUUUCUUUCUUUCAUUCUUCCUUCAAAAAGAAGAAGACAGUUUCUCUCCACGUUUUCUGGUGAUUUGAUCAGGCUUCUGGAGAAGUCUGUGAAGCUCUGUUUUGGUACACCACCAUUGUCUGAACAGUUUAUGGUUAUUGGGUAAAGUUAACAAGGGAAUGAGCAAGAAAAAGGAAUCAGCUUGGUUAGGUCGUUGGACUCAGUUAGGUAAUGAAGUGAAGUUUCAUGAUCGUAGUAGUGGUAGUGACUCUAAGGAGUUGACUAGGGCUGAAGUCGAUAAAGAGGUGUUGCCGUUUCCAAUGUUCAAGGUUUCUCAGAAGAGAGAUAAUACUACUAAAGACGAAUUGGGUUCAAGCUCGAAAGCUAAUAACAACAGAAUGCCUUGGAUGUAUGCUCAAGGAGAUGAUAACCAUGUUAAAGAAAAGACUACACAGAACCUGCUUGAGCUGAUGAGACCAGUGAGGUUUUACGCAACGGUUGAUUCGAUCAACUUGCCAGAAGAAGAUGGUGGUCAUCAGGUACUGAAGGGUUCCAUGAAACUGAAAGGGAAGAUUUUUGGUAGGUAUCUUGAUCUGUUUCCAAACCACCAACAACAUAAAGGAGGAGGAGGAGGAGGAGGAGCUAGGCUGGAAUCUCUGGAAAGCUCCCAAGAAGAGAAGAAUGAAUCAUCUGCGGAGACUGAUACCUUGGAAAUGGAUAAACUUCAGAUGAUUCAUCUUUCUGGCUCCAUUGCUUCCUCCUCAACUAAGGGCAAAGGAAGAAAAGACGAUUCGGCGGUUCCCAGGACUGAAAUACCAGACAUGAAUGAAGAACCACCUCUGGUUAUGGAUGGAGAGAACUCAGUAGAUGGUGGGCAUCAGGGAGAAACAAGCAACUCAGCUACUCAAAGUAUGAACGUGGACCACUUUCUCUCAAGAGACUGCAAACGUGUGCGGUUGGAACAAGAGCCAGAAGCCAGCAGCAGUAGAUGGGUCAAGCGUCUGAAGAGAAACUCCUUUGAUUCCAGCGGACAUGAUGAAACCAAGAGCCUGAUGAAGAUUGAAGAAGAAGAAGGGAACAACAGCAACAACAACAACAACCUCUUCCUUGAAAUCUUGAAGUCAGGUAUCAACAAUCUCCAACCAAGAAAUCAAGAACCUGCCACUUCACAAACCAAGGGAGGUGAUGACGUUACGCUUAUGCAUCCAUGGAUCCAGAGAUGGUGCAAGAAGAAAGAUGAAGCAGAAGGGGAAGAUGUUAGGUUUGAGGCAGAGAAGGAAAAGGAGAAGAAACAGUAUCCGAGUAUUGCAGCCAUGGCACUGAUGGGGAAGGCUCUGACCGGUUUAAACCCGUAUGGUCUUAGAAAGACAGACUCUCUCAUGGUCUGGAAUGCUCGGGAUCUAAGGUAGGAUAAACAAAACCAUCAUCCUGAUCACCAGAACUAGCUAUCAGGCUUCAGUUGAAUUCGAAUUCGAACCAUGUGCCGUUGGCCUGGUUGUUUUGUUUGAUAUAUGAAUAACUUAUUUGUAUUAUAAAACUUCAUUUGGUCGCAACACUAAGUAAUUGGGUGACUAAACAUAUCAAAUACCAGUUGUGUUUUAUGUUUCAUGUAAAAUAUAAAUCUUUUUAAGACGAGAGCAAACUCCAUUCUUGAUUGAA